UGAGAUAAAAGAGCUAGAGAUGUUUCAGCAGAGAGAGACAGAGUUGGAAAGAGUAAGGGGGAGUUGUUAAUGAGCUGAUCAUGAAGCAGCUGAAGGUGCCAGUGCCGCCCUACAGCCAAAGUCAUCCUCAUGUGGUCUGAAGCAAAACAGGGGCUGGGUCUGCCCUGCAUUCUGAGAACAGCUAAUUGGCUGCAGACAGGAGGUCUGAUGCACUCACCAAUCAGGCAGUUUCCCUUUCUUCUGUGUACUGUGUAACCCCUCCCACCAUGUGAAGGUUUAAAAACAGGGGGAAGGCUGCGUACUUAUUCUAGAGAGUUCCAUUCUUCUUGAUUGAACCUGCCUCAUGAGCUUUGAACAUCUACCUUGACUCAUCUCCUCUCUAGAGCACUCUGUUAAAAACAGUUUUGAAAUAGACUUUUUUUGCCUUUUUGUCAGUUCCCUCUUAAUUGAGUUUAAGAGACUGAGUAGAGCUCCCGUUGUUACUUUGUGUUGCCCUCCAUCUGUUGUCACUCCCCAACACUGUGGAUGACUGUCGCAUGAACCUGGACUGAAUUUAUCACCUGGCCUUGCUCUCUCUGUCCUGUGAGAAUAGCCUCUGUUCCCUCUUCACAUCAUCACUAAGAACUGACACGUACUGUUAACCCUAGGAGACACACACAGAAGUAGUUCAGUAUGGCUCUGAAUGUACCGGGUCUGGUGGUGAUGGCGGUGUUCUACCUGCUGAUCUUGGGCACGGGCAUCUGGGCAUCCAUGCGCUCCAAGAAGGAGGAGAAGAAAUGCACAGGAGAUGGCAUGGAGAUUACGCUACUGGCUGGACGCAACAUCAACUUACUCGUCGGCAUCUUUACUCUUACAGCUACAUGGGUGGGUGGAGGCUUCAUACUGGGUAUAGCUGAAGCAACAUACAACCCAACAUUAGGUGCAGUAUGGGCUCUUAUGCCUGUACCUUAUGUCAUGACCUUCUUCUUAGGUGGCUUUUUCUUUGCCAAGCCCAUGAGAGAGAACAACUAUGUGACAAUGAUGGACCCCUUCCAACAGAAGUAUGGGAACUUCCUGAGCAGUGCGCUGAUCUUUCCUGCACUGGUGGCCGAUGUGCUUUGGGUGGCACGCACACUCGUCAGCCUGGGUGGAACUAUGAGUGUGAUCCUGGACCUGUCCUACGUCUACUCCAUCAUCAUCUCCUCAGUGGUGGCCAUAAUCUACACACUGCUGGGGGGGCUCUACUCAGUGGCGUACACAGAUGUCAUCCAGCUCAUCCUCAUCUUUGUCAGCCUGUGGGUGUGUGUUCCUUUCCUGAUGACCAACCCACACUCUUUGGACAUCUCACUGACGGCCUACAACCAGACUUUCCAGGCUCCCUGGGUAGGCACGGUGAAGCUCGAUGAGGCCGGCAAGUGGUUCGACGAUUUCAUGCUGUUGGCUCUAGGCGGUUUAGCCUACCAGGCAUUCUACCAAAGAAUCCUGUCAGCCUCAUCUUACACGCAGGCUCAGGUGACCUGCUUUGCUUCUUCAGCCUUCUGCCUGGUGCUAGGUAUCCCCUCCGUGCUGAUUGGAGCUGUGGCUGCAUCUACAGACUGGAACUCAACCCUCUAUGGAUUGCCUACCCCAUAUGAGCGCAAAGAGGCAGGCUCCAUCCUCCCCAUCGCUCUGCAGUUCCUCACACCCGCUUACAUCUCUGUCAUCGGCAUCGGAGCUGUAGCUGCUGCUGUCAUGUCUUCCAUGGACUCAGCCCUGCUGUCCUCUGCCUCAUUGUUUUCCUCAAAUAUCUACAAAAACAUCAUCAGGAAGCAGGCGUCUGACCGUGAGAUGCAGUGGGUGAUCCGUAUCUCAGUGGUGGUAGUGGGUCUGGCUGGCACUGCCCUCACCUUCCUGGACAGCAGCGUCCUGGUCUUCUGGCUGGUGGGUGUGGACAUGUCCUACACCAUCAUGUUCCCUCAGUUGGUUUGCAUCCUUUUCUUCAAGAUAUCCAAUGGCUACGGAGCCACUGUCGGCUAUCUGAUUGGAAUCAUCAUGAGGAUCCUGAGCGGUGAGCCACUCAUCGGCCUGCCGCCCGCCAUACGCUUCCCUGGCUGCCGGCUGGACGCUGAGGGAAAGCUGACCCAGUUCUUCCCCUUCCGCACUGCAAUCAUGAUCAUGUCGCUUGUCUCCAUUCUGCUCUUUUCCUGGCUUGCCGCCAUCAUUUUCAACAAGGGCCUGCUCUCUGAAAGGUGGGAUGUGUACAAAAUCAAGCGCAAGCAGAAACCAACAGCCAAAGCCACACAGGACAAGAGGACCAACCCUGAAAACGAAGAACCCUCUGUGUCCAAGCAGCUACUGGACACUACCAGUUGCUGAAGAGGGCCAUGAAGAGGGAGAGAAUAUGGGCUCUGGCUGGAGCGGACAAGUUCGCCUGCCAAGCUGGAGUUCACAGAGGGGGAACAACAGCAAAGGCUGGACAUUGAGUACAGAUUCUGUACUAAAUCACAGUGAAUUUGUGGCAAUAACAUACAGACCUACAUUAACAAAGUGUGAUCUGAGCUCUCUGGCACACUACUUCAUCAGAUGCCUUGGCUAGUGUAUGUUAGAAAACAAAUUAUUAGCCAGCAUAACAUACAGUGUGGAUAAUUUCAUUCAUAUAGGCCCCACUUAUAUAACAACCAAGCUGAGAAUAAAUUGAGAUUGUGUUGUUUUAUACUGUAUUUUUCUUUAUACAUCAUUGAAAUAGAGGCAAUCCACACAAAGAUGCCAGAGGUAAGUUCAGCAUUUGAGCCAUUAAUAUUAACUUCCAUUUGGAAAAAAAGAACAGGACUAGUUAAAUAAGUGAUGAAGUUAAACCAAGUUAAAUUUUAAGCAAUACAACAAAGAAACCUACUUGUACAUUUUGUACAGGCUGAGAAACUGCCCAGAUACAGAGAGGGGAAGCGUCUGCUUCUUGUUGUUUCCUAAACACCAACAAAAACAAGCAAAAACACACUUGCACAAGAAAUGGAUUUUAUCCCAAAGGAACAAUCAGUCCAACAGAAUGAUGAUAAAAUAGUUUACAAUUCACUUUGAACAAAAUGUGCAAUUAUUUAUAAGCUUUUACUGGUUAUGAUAGAAAGCAUCAGACUGUGUCGCUCUUAGAAACAGGAAUGCAAAGAGCCAUCUGAUUUAUUCUUUACUAAAUAAAUCUGAAUCAGCUUGGCCCAAGUGUGGCUAGCUGGAAAUGUGUCUCAUGAGCUGUACUGCGCCACAAGUGCGUCUAGCUUCUCUUUCAGUCUGAACUUCUGCAAACAAUUUGCAACAAUGCAUAAACAUGACAGGGCUCUCUAUCGCACCAGAAUAAAACAAUGCCUCCCAAAGAACAAAAAACAAGCGCACACUCUGCACUGUUCCAUAGCGUAUUUGCUAAAGACAUUUUAUCAUUUAAUAGUCUGUUUGAAUGUGAUCUGAUCUCUUCCUUUCUCUAGCUGAUCAGCUGCAUCAGGCACUUAUCUACAGCAUGGGCUGUUAGUUAAUUUUAGAUC